AUGGUGGGAUCAGGUUCUUUAGGUGGAGAUUUACGAACUCCACAGUUUGAUGGUGCAAACUAUGAUUUUUGGGCCGUCGAAAUGGAGACUAUCCUCAUAGCACAUGAUCUAUGGGAUGUAGUUGAGGUCGGAGUACAACCUCAGCCGAUUCUUGAGGAGGAAGAAGGCUCUGGAGGUGGCUCUGGAGGUGAAGGAAGUGAGGCUGAGCAAGUUCCAGUGGAAGCACCCACCAUCUCCAAAGAAGACAAAAUCAAAAACGCCAAGGCACUAAGUCUCAUUCAAGGAGCUUUAACUGAUGAGCUCUUCCCUCGCAUCCGAAAUGAAAAGACUGCAAAAUGA